GUGUCUGCACUGGGGAGGAGAAAUUGUGUUCCCGACCAAACACAACUGCUCUCAUGCAAAAUUCAGUAGUGCAUCUGUAACAAAAAGAUGGAUUUGGAAUCACAUUCCACUCUAAAUGUGAUGAACAGAGUUUCAGCCAGCGUCACACAAGCCUUUGCCUUUGGCUGUGGAAGACAGAGAUUACGAGGCUGGGCUGCUUGGGGAGACAAAAUACAAACAUCACCAGCAGCGUGAGGUCAGCUGUGGUAUGUGCUGGGCACUCCCAGUCUCAGUUACCUUCCUCAUCUUGAAAGCAGAUUGUGACCUGGAACAAGUCCAGCAAGGCUCUGGACUGAAAUUGGACAGAAAUAGGUGAAUUAAAUGGUGAAUGCACCAUAAUUAAAUUGAAUCAUUCACAGUUAAUGUGAUAAUAUUAGCAAAAUGCAUUACAUGGACAGUCCCCUUCAGUUAGUUCCUGUUGGCAUGGAAGGUUUUAAAAAUUAAAUCAGAAGAGAUUUGUUAUCAUGUCAUGCAUAAAUUAUACAUGAAAAUACAUUCUUCUGAACAAACACAUUUAUAUUAAGUAGCCAUAACAGUACAAUAAUACUGUCACGUUGGAGGCUUAACUUUGUUGGCUUAAAUUUAGAAUUUAGCCUGUGCAGUGUUUCCACACAAACCCUGCUCUUGUGGAAACAGCUGUUUAUGCACAGUGUAGUAUGAUGCACCUGUAGCUACAGGGAUUCUACUAAGUGUAGCUGCAGUCUUGCUCCUGUUAUGGUAACCUCACACUGUUUGUUCGUGCGGGGAGGCAACUGCUAAGAGAACGUUCUCUUUUUGCAAUUGCCGUUUCCAAGCUUUCAUGUUUUUUGAGGAAGGUGUGACUCGGGUGCAUCCCGCAGCCCCAGAACCGGCUGCUGAUGCAAGCCAACUCCAUGCUGGUUGGUUGUCGGAAGUCUAUCCCGUGCUGGGGGCGUGGGGGUGCUGACUUCUCAGCUCUGAAUACGUGAGGUUGGUAACGCGGCUCGAAGUCCGGGUGAGACCCUUUCCCCCGUGGCGGCCGAGCUGGCCUAAGCGGCGAUGGCAGCUCUCGCCGGCCCCCUGCCUGGGGCGGGGUGGCCCGGGCUCCCUCCCUUUCCCGGUGGCGACCCCGCGCCGAGAUUGCUGUGGCGACGGGCGUGGCCAAGCCGCGAGGGGGCGCUGUCAGCCGCGCUGGGACGCGACCAUCGUGGCGGUGCGUGCGGGGGGUGAAACUGAAAGUGAAGGGCUUCGGCCGCGAUGAGGCGGGGUCGAGCUUGUGCCCGGCCUUCCUGGGCCCUAGCCUACUCCUGCGCUGUUCGCCGGCUCUGUCCCAUGAGCGCUUGAGCUGCCCCAGUCUGAGCAUGUCGGAGAGUUUCGACCGAGCUCCAGGUGCCGGCCGGAGCCGGGGCCGGGGCCGAGGAGCUGCCGCUCCCUUCGGCGGCGCGGAUGCGUCGGAGAGCGGCGCUGGGGCCCGCCUCGGGGGCAACGGUUCCUACAGCUCAGGCUCGUUCGAGGAGCAGCAGCACCAAACGGGCGGCCUCUUCCCGCAGCAGGAACCAUUGCGGCCUCCGAAGACGGCGCCGCUAGGCACCGGAAUCGCAGAUCACCUUCAACAGAUGGGAAUUGCAUCUGAAUCACAAGAUAAAGUUUCAAUUCCUGAUUCGGGACCAGAAAUGGCUGAACCUCAGGUGGCUGUGGUUCCUGUGGUAACAUCAAAAUUGUCUGUUAAAGCACCUGAGUUUUAUCCACCAGGAUACAACCAGAACUUCGAUCAGAACUUUGCAGAUUCUUCCUUUGAAGAUAGAGACGAUGGCUAUCUGACUUUGGCAGAAUACAUACAAGACUUUCUAAAUCACCUCACCGAGCAACCAGGUUGUUUUGAAACUGAAAUAGAGCAGUUUGCCGAAACGCUUAAUGUCUGGGUCACUGCAGACGAAGCUUUACAAGAACUCGUUGAACUCAUCUAUCAGCAGGCCACAUCUGUCCCAAAUUUUUCCUACAUGGGAGCUCGGCUGUGUAACUACCUAUCUCACCAUCUAACCAUUAGUCCACAAAGUGGGAACUUCCGACAGUUGUUACUUCAAAGGUGUCGAACUGAGUAUGAAAACAGAGAUGAAGCUACUAAAGGAGAUGAGACUACUCAAAAACAAUUUCAUGCCUUUGUGCUGUUCUUAGCUGAACUUUACCUUAACCUAGAGAUUAAAGGAAUUAAGGGGCAGGUAAUGCGAGCAGAAAUUCUUCAGGAAGGCCUUCGGGAAUUACUAAAUGCACUCUUCUCUAAUCCUGUGGACAGUAAUCUGAUAUGUGCUGUGAAACUGCUGAAGUUGACAGGCUCAGUUUUAGAAGAUGCCUGGAAAGAAAAAGGAAAGAAUGAUAUGGAGGAAAUGAUUCAGAGAAUUGAAAAUGUUGUGUUGGAUGCAAACUGUAGCAGAGACGUGAAACAUAUGCUUCUGAAACUAGUAGAACUGCGAUCAAGUAACUGGGGUAGAGUUCAUGGAACUUCUUCACAUACAGAGGCUACACCUGAAAAUGACCCAAACUAUUUUAUGAAUGAGCCAACAUUUUACACUUCUGAUGGUGUUCCUUUCACUGCAGCAGAUCCAGAUUACCAAGAAAAAUACCAAGAGCUGCUUGAAAGAGAGGAUUUUUUUCCAGAUUAUGAAGAAAAUGACACAGAUUUAUCAGGACCUGGAGAUCAAUAUUUUGAUGACAUUGAUGACGAGAUGGAUCCAGAAAUUGAAGAAGCGUUUGAAAAAUUCUGUCUAGAAUCAGAAGAUAAGAGAAAACAGUGAGAUGUUACAUAUUAAUGUUAGUUUAUUAAGCCACUUUAGGUAUGGUUAGAGUACAGGGGGAUAUAAAACAUUUGUACCAAAAUAAGAAACUUGAGUUUCUCCAAGUAUAAAGUUACACAAUUUCCAUUUUGUUUAAGAGAAUCUGCCAAAAAUUGUAAACUUAUGACCUGUAACUUAAAAUGUUGUGUAUAUAUCAUAGUUUAUUUUAUGUACAGGUAUCUGAACAAUGUUUUGGCUGCAAUAAAAAAUGAUUUAAAAAUUAUAAUUGAAAUUAAAAUGUAAUGGUGAGCUGUCCCAUAAAAUUUACAUUGAAAGGGGAAGAAUAAAUCGAUCUAAAUUUAAUUGCUUGCUUGUUUUAGUACAUAUUGAGAUUUACUCAUCCUUUUUACCAUAUACAAGACAUCUGGUGGUUUUUUUUUUUUUUUGCUAAGGAGACUGUAAUCCAAAUACAGACUUUUUUUCCCCCCCAUAGAUCACAGUCAUGAGGAGUGGUUUGUGAAGAUUUUGUGUGGGGUUUUUUUGUUUAUUUCAUUUUUCUUCCUCUUUCAAAACUCAUAUGGGUGAGAUCCGGACUUUUUUUCUGGAAUAAACAUGUCAUAUGUUGAUAUGUGAAAAAGCAAGCAGUAUUUGGAAGUUGGGUGCUUUCAAGGUCUUUGGUUCAGAUAAGCUUAUUUUCAACAAGCAAAGACUAUCUUUUAAUUUGUUGUGUUCUUCAAGGCUUUAUGAAUAUAGUUACGUUGUAACCCAUGCUUCUCAAGACUAUGUGCUGUGCUUGAUUUUUUUUUUUAAAUGUAUCUAAUGUGUCUAAUCUUCUGGCAACCCUUGUAACUUUGUCCAUUCUUCUAAUUUUAUGUAGUUUAAUUUUGCAGUUGGAGUAAAUUCAUAUAUUCCAUAAAUGCUAAUAUUCUGAAUCCAGCUACUCUCUUUUGACUCCAUAUAAUCAUGUUAGUUUUCCUAGGAUACUUUAUUGUUGUUUUAGCCAAAUUCAGUUGUACUGUUUCCUGUUAUUGGUUAGACUGAGUAGAACCCCUUACCAAAACCAAACAGAACUAUUUCCCAAAAGUUAGCUACUGUAAAGAACAAGUUGUAAAUAUGCAUGUAAAUAAUUCUGUUAAUAUUUCACUGUUUUUGUUUGGUUAAAUAACUUGUGCAUCUGCUAAAAUAGAGCGAGCACUGACUGUUUUCUGGGUGUUUAUUUAACAUAGUUAUUUAGGUUUGCAUUUUGGAAAAUAAAACUUAACUAGUUUUGUUUCCUUUGGUAUAAUUUC